AGUAAACUUCCCAUAGUGCCUCGCGAGUCCGGGUUUGAUAACAAGCUGGGAAGGUUGGACGCGGGUUGCCUUUGUGGGGGUGGCUCUGCUGCGCCAGGGCGCUCUGCGAGCUUGGGGUCCGGCCACGGCCUGGCGGGGUGCCAUGCCGCUUCUUCGGGGCGUUUGGGGAGUGCUGAGCGCCCUGGGGAAGUCCGGAGCAGAGCUCUGCGCGGACUGCGGGACUCGGCUGUGCGCACCCUUCAGAUUUGUGUAUAUACCCAGAUGGUUUUCAUCCACUUUGAGUAGUUAUCCAAAGAAGCCAAUGACUUCUUACGUUCGAUUUUCCAAAGAACAGCUAGCCAUAUAUAAAGCUCGGAACCCAGAAGCGAAAAAUUCAGAACUAAUUAAAAAAAUCGCGGAGAUAUGGAGGGAACUUCCUGAAUCAGAGAAAAAGAUAUAUGAAGAUGCUUACAAGGCAGACUGGCAGGCAUACAAAGAAGAGCUAAACAGAAUUCAAGAACAGCUAACUCCAAGUCAGAAAGUGUCUUUGGAAAAAGAAAUGAUGCAAAAACGUUUAAAAAAGAAAUCGAUAUUAAAAAAGAGAGAGUUAACACUGCUUGGAAAACCAAAAAGACCUCGCUCAGCUUAUAACAUUUUUAUAUCUGAAUGCUUCCAGGGAGCUAAGAAUGGUUCAUCACAGGUAAGGCUGAAAUCUAUACAUGAAAGCUGGAAAAAUCUCUCCAGUGCUGAAAAGCAAGUAUAUAUUCAACUUGCUGAAGAUGAUAAAGCUCGUUAUUACAGUGAAAUAAAAUCUUGGGAAGAACAAAUGGUUGAAGUUGGACGUGAAGAUCUUCUUCGUCGCAAAGUGAAGCCCCAAUCAAAAAGCACUGAGUAAUAUUAAAUAGAAGAUUGAGUUAUGUCCAUAAUGGAUAGACACAAGAAACCAAUUAGGUCUCAGUAUCUGAAACUGUUAUAAAAUUAAAAGGAUAAAGCUAGUCAA